AUGUCAUAUCCAACGCGACCGAUUUCCUCGCAUAUGCGUGCACCGAGCGCGUCGGCUUCAUCGAGUGGACAGUCACCGGCAUUAUCAGCGCGAAUCGAAGAGAAAAAGGCCGAACUCGAAAACCUCAAAGAGCUUCGAGAGCUCAGUGCAGCGGUCGCAACACAAAUGGAAGCUUUGGAACAGAAACUCUCGACCCUAUCCGACGGAACAGAGGCAAUUGCAGCCGUUGUUGGAAACUGGCAUAAUGUGUUACGUGCCAUCAACAUGGCUUCUUCCAAAUUGGCCAAGACGGCAGCCGAUCCCACAAACGUAUCGGAAGAUUCGACAGGGCCUCUGCCACAAACUCUAGUACGAAUCCCAACGGAGCAUGCACCAGCUCUUCAAGCCCAGGCAGAAGCUGCAGAAGCCGCAGCCGAAGAAGAAGAGUCAUGA